ACUUUGCAUUAAGCCACAUUAAAAUAACCCCAUGCCCGUGUGAGUCCCACAAGAGAAGGCCCUGGGAAUUAUGGGGAGGUUGCACAGGGACGCACGCUGAGCGUGUCUGCUGCCAGGUGGAGGCGAUGUCGCUCCUCCUCUCCUCUCUCUUCUCUCUCCAGUGCUCUGCUCGGCCACAGCUUUCAGUCUGCUGGGUGAGAUCAUUACCAGACACCAGGCUGCGGGACCUGACAUUCACCGAUCGGAAAAUCACAGAGGCGCACACGCACAGAAAACCCUGAUCCGAUGCCAUCGGCGACCAUACACGACCCUGUCUCCUGCGUCGGCUCCUCUGUCUUCACUGACAUCUGAAAUCGCGGUUUUGUCGCUGAACAUUUCCCCGCUGGAUUUGGGCUUGUGGUCGGGUGCGGGCUUGUUUUGACUGCAGUAAUAGUCCUACUCCCCCUCCUCCCCUGCCAACCGAGUAGCGGAUUUACGAGGGAUCUCAGCACUGUGCAGCUCCCCGAGUGACCAGCGAUCCAGCAAGGUAUCGGAGACGCACUCUGCACCGCCGCGGAUCUCAACCACACAAGUCGAUCUGCAAGAGCCUGUAACGAUCUUAUUUCUGUGAGGGAUUGAACAUAAGCUCCAAGUUUCUGACUGGAUUUUUUCCUGUGCAGCUACCUUGCUUCUGUCAUCAGAUCGUCUGCAAAUCCUGUUUUCGCUUUUUUUCUUUCCAAAGCACCAUUGACGCCAUUUUCCUCGGGGGUUUCUGUCAAAAAGAUAUAUACAUAUAUCCCAGCACCGUUUGACAGCUCCCCAGGAGGCUGUCAUCCCAUCCUUCGCUUGUAUAAAACGUGUCUAAAUGGGCUGUAAAUGAUCGUGAUAAAAUAUUUACACGUUAGAGCCGAGUGUGUCACAAUAUUAGACAUGGACUGUCCCUGGCUUCGCUGUGUUCCUGUGGGACAACUAACCCAACCCCAGUAGCUGAUUGCCAACAACCAGCCAACCCGACAGACUACUGUUCUUUAUAUUCCUAUUGGUUGGCUGCCACAGCUUCCGCGGUCCUGACUGGCUCUGGCGGGAGCGUGGAUGGAGCCAAGGGAUCUCGUUGGCUCGGCCCGACCCAAAGAGGCGGAGUUACAAGGAGGCAGGGUGGGGCCAAAUGAAGAGGAACAGGAAGGAGCAGGGGGCAUCGGUUUGGCGCGCAGUGAUGAUGUGAUUAACGGUGCCAUCAGUGAAGGCGAGGGGCUAGAGGAGCAGGGGGAGGGGCUUCUGGAGGAACAGGAGUUCUCCAUUAAGGAAGCGAGCUUCCAGGAAGGAAGUCUAAAGCUGAAAAUCCAGACCACCAAGCGCACCAAGAAGCCCCCAAAGAGCCUUGAGAACUACAUUUGCCCACCAGAGAUCAGGAUGACCAUCAGGCCUCCAGUUGGAGAGGGCAAAGGGGGACGGCAGGGACGAACAGGAGGCGGGGCAGGAGGCGGUGCAGGAGUAGGGCGAGGCCCAAAGGAUGAAGAACGAGGACCCCCCAGAAAAAGGACAUACGAGCGCCAGUUCAGAAUGCCUGAGCAGAGAGAGGGAGGCCUGCUGCAACUACUGGGAGAUCCUGCUCCAUCCAAACACCAGCUUCGCAGCUCCCUUCUUCCUGCACAUGCACUCUCACACACAGAGCAAACACAGCACACCCUCACGCAACAAUUCCAGCACCCUCACACACACCAACACCAAAUCAAUCCGGACUGGAUCACGUCUACAGCACCCUGUGUGUCCCCAGCCAAUUUUGCCGAUUCUGAACCAGCCAGAGAACUGGCAGGGGCCAGUAGGAGCUCUUUGCUCGAUUCAACCCAACCUUUUUCACGAACGGUGACACGAAGCCCCUCACCUCAGAGAUCUCUGACUCCAGACCUGCAGUUACCAGUGGUUACAGAUGCCAGUAUUCUCAACCUGACCUCUCUCAGCAGGGGGAGGGGUUUGCAAGAGGUCAGUGAACAGCUCUUUGGGAACAUCAAGAGGAAGUAUGGCAGGAAGGAUUCCCACAGGGCGCUUUGUAAUCCCCAUAGUGCUGAUACACCUUGGGGAAGACAGUCAGACAAAGGACUGGAGAGCCCAACUAAUUCAGAGGAGAGACAUAAGUACAGCCAAGAGGAGCCAGCUGAGCGGCUCCAUGAAGAAAGAGAGGAAAGGAGAAGAGAGGAAAGAGAUCGAGUCAUUUCUGGGAGAAGAGCAGAUGAAGAAGACAGAGGGAUGUUAAUGGUGACAGAGGAAGGGAAAGGAAGAAAGAGGCGGAGGAGGCCUUCUUUUGAUGAGUCAUUUUCUGUAGGGGAGCAAUCACAGCAGCAGCAGGACUCUGACACUACAGAGAAGCACCACCCUUGGCCUCCAGAACCCAAAGCAGCACAUAAGGUGGAGAAUCACAAAAAUGAUUCUCGGCUCACAAGUCACGCUGAUAUCAAUGGAGAGAGGACAGAAAAGGCAGAAAGAGCAGAUAAAGGUGAUAAAAGAGAAAAGGGAGAGAGGGUAGACAGAGCAGAAAGAGGAGAGAUAUUUACAAAUGGGUCUGACCCAGAGUCAGCUCUGAGUACAAACAAAAUGAAAAAGAACCUUGUGGGUCGCCCUAAAAUCAGCACCGACACUCUUAAACACAAAGCGCCUACUCAUAAUCAUAUCAACAAACCCAGUCUUAUCACGAACCCCAGAUUCCCUAGCCCAAACCCCAGCCCCAGGGGAAGCAUCAGCCCCAGCACUAGCCCUAAACCCAGAGCUAACAUUAGCCCCAGUCCCAGCCCUAGAACCGGGUUGGCCCUGAGUCCUAGCCCCAGCCACAGCACCAGCUCCACAGCUAGUUCCAGAGCAACCAAGGCCAAGGACAGGUGGUCCUACUUGAAAGCUAAAAGCCAUGCCAGUCUCACGCCACUCCAGAGAGACAGCCGGAGCAGCCCCUCAACCCUAACUGACCCACCUUCAGCCUUCCCCAUCACCCCCUCAAGCCCUCUCUAUAUCAACACCGACAGCCUGACUGUCCACACACCAAUUAAGAGGAAACGAGGACGCCCCAAGAAACAGCCACUCCUCACAGUGGAGACCAUCCACGAGGGCACCUCUACCUCACCUCCAAGCCCACUGGCACAGGAAAACUCUGCCACCCGCAGGAGGAAGACACAUACACUGAACACAUUAGUGCAAAUGACUUCUACAACCACCAGCAUCAGUUGUAACAGUCUGAAACUAAAGCGUGGCCAUUCCAGGCCAGUAAAUAAGAUGAAGCUUGGGAAAAUGCAGAGCAUUCUGAAUGAGAUCCUUUCAGGUUCCAGUCAGAAUGGCUCUUUGUCUCUGAAGUCAUCUUCUGCCCCUGUUACCUCAGCUAUGAGUGCCAUGGCAUCCACCAUUGAGGCUCGGCUGGGAAAACAGAUAAAUGUCAGCAAGAGAGGAACUAUCUACAUUGGUAAGAAGAGAGGGCGCAAACCCAGAGCAGAAAACCAAACCUCCAACCCUCCCAAAACCACUAGGGACAAGCCCCUCAUGUCUGUCUCUACAUCCAGUUUCUAUGAAAGCCCUGUAGUGCCUUCCACCACCUCGUCCCCCAGCUCCACUGCUCCAUCCAUAAGAGCCAGCCACUCUGAUGCCACUAUGCCUAGUUUGCAACCCAUCUCAGCUCUGCCCUCCAAGCCACCAGGCAGGAGCUUUCUCUCCGGGGGAUGGAAACUGUCUCCUCCGCGCCUUCUGGCUAAUUCACCUUCCCACCUGUCUGAGGGAGCAUCAGUGAAAGAGGUGACCCUAUCCCCCAUCAGUGAGUCCCACAGUGAGGAGACUAUUCCCAGUGACAGUGGGAUUGGCACAGACAACAACAGCACCUCAGAUCAAACGGAGAAGGGCCCCGCAUCUCGACGCAGGUACUCUUUCGAUCUGUGUGGGUUUGAGGCUGCAGAAGCAGCAGCUCUGGAUGCAUCGAACAGGAGUGCUAGAACACACUGUGAACGGCAAGUAACUGCUGUUGACAACUUUCUGUCACAGCAAGAAAAGAAGCAAAAACAUCAUCGGAGGAAGAGGAAGUGCCUACAGAGUCGAGAUCAUCUUCAUUUCCUCUCUGACCUGGAAGAGGUUGUGUUAAAACUUCAGCAGCUACGAGUGUCUCACAGACGAUACACCUGCUACCCGCAGCACCCAUAUCCCUCCAUUUUUCGCCUCAACUUCCAUCAUUACUACCCUGUUACCUAUGACUCCUACGCCUGUGACUCCAGCUCAUACCUCCGCAGGAGUGCCGACCUGAAGGCUAAGAGGAGACGUGGCCGUCCAGCUAAAGCCAGUGAGCCAAUCACAUCGAAGCUGCCUUUUGUUCAAGGAUAUGGCUAUCCGCUGGCUGGGGGGAAUUACUAUGCAGCACCGUAUGCGAUGCCUUACGCACCUCCCCUGAGUCUUGGCUACUUUCCCCCUGCGCCUCCAUUUUACCUGCCCCACCACACGAUAGGACCUGCCCCUCCAUCUCCUUUCAUGAGACCUGCUGUCCCCCCUCCCAAGGCUUUCCAUGCCACUGGACACUCAAAGCUCCAGCCAGGGGCCAAGCUUCGCAGCGCUAGUGGCCUGCUCCAGGGGCCCUCUGUAAGAGGAGAUGGUCUGGGGUCCUUGGGCAGUGGCAGCGCAGGUGGUCUUGCAGGGGUUCGCCUCCAUAAGAGGAAGCACAAGCACAAACAUAAGCACAAGGAUGAACCCCUCCUUUCACCUCGAGACCGGCGGGAACUGGGUGGGCUCUUCAGUGGAGCUAAGACAAACACUCGCCUCAGCAUGCUGAGCGACAGGAGGGACUUGGCCAGCCAGGCCUCUUCAAAGCAUCUGGAGAAGCAGAGAACCAGUGGUAGAAGUACAAGCUUGGGAUCCAGUUUAGGGAUGUUUGAGUCAGACCAGCUGUCUACACACUCUCUUACUGACAGCCAGUUUCACUCCCGUCAGAGUGGGCAGCCAGUAAACAGCUUCAUGAACAGCUACAGUAACCAGUCGCAGAGGUCGGACUCAGCUUCCGACCUUUUUUCGGGGUCACGGGAGGAUGAGUGUGGUGGGAGGAGCAGGAAGAUGAGACUGACUGUGUUUGGAGAUCAGAGCUUAAUGUCAUUCCAAGCUGCCAGGCAGAAGCCAGGGCAGGUGGGCAAGUGCUCCAGUCCCUCCCUCACUGGUGUUCCCUGUAAGCGGAGGUAUAAACGUCGUGAGGUGGAACAGAUCCAGAAGGAUGUUAGGAGGAUGCAUUCCUUGAACUUUGAGCAUGUGCAGAAGAUUCUUCGUGCCAAGCGCCUGCAGCGACAAGCCAAAACAGGAAACAAUGUCAUCAAAAGACGGCCCGGACGGCCACGAAAGCAACCCCUGGAGGAAUCAGAGCUGACAAGUGGCAGGGAAGAAGAACAUUCUGGUGGUCAGGGUUUGGACAUGUUGGCCAGUAGGAGAGGUGAUGUGAGGACUCUGGGAAUGCCUGUCUUGGAGAGGUGUGAUGACCUGCCAGGUAGGCAGAGCCUCAGGCCAGGUUUGACCCCCAAGCCUCUGGAGUUCUCCAGUCAUGAUUCUGUCUCAGCAACAAUUGAGACCGUGGUGCAUCAAGCAAAGUCAGUGCCUCCCCUGGCCAAAGGGGGGAGACGAAGAGGCAGGGGCCACAGCAGGGAUGAAUUAUGGGCUCCUUCCAGUCAGUAGACCUGCAGGAGAGAAUAACUCCAUAACCGAACUGAGGAUAGUCAAUGGAGUCAGUGCUGUUUCGUUUCAAGCGUAUCAGAUGCAGUGCCCUUAGUUUUGGGACUCCUCAAUGCACUUUGAAUUGUUUCUUCUCUCUGAUUUGUUGUGAGGACUGCAGAAGGUCAGUGGAGGAGCACGGGAUGGGAACACUUGUGGUGCUAUCCCUCCAUUUGCUAAACCUUACCAGACAUGAGCCUUUUAAGGAUUCAUUGGACCUUCAUUGACAAUAGCACUAUAUGGUACUAUUUGAUACUGAAUCUGAUGCUAUAUAAGUGUGUGGUACUUAUGAUAGUAUAGGAUAUUGUGUGAUUCUUUAUGUAUCUGAUACAGUGAUGUGUAUGGUACUUUAUGAUACUGUAUCUUAAUGUGGCUUUAGCCAUAUAUUUACCAGCAAGGGGAGGGGGACUGGUUAAUAUAAAACUGUGCAGCUCUGCUUAUUUUUGCCUUUCUGAGGAAGCUUGUCAAAGAUGUGUGGGAUAAAACAGCAGUAAUCAAUCCACCUUACCUUAUUACUGAUCCCUGUGUUUGUAUGUAUUGUCCUUGUUUUCUCAGAGAAGUACAGUAACUGACACCUGCCAGCUCAUUGCCCCUGGUCCCCCUCCCUGCUCAAUACUCUCCCCAGUUCUUUAGCCCUCCCUGGUGCCUGCCGCUCAUGUCCCUUUGUGAUCUCAUCUACUCCUAGUCAUGUUUAACAUUUCCCAUUGCUUGUGCUCCCCCAACCUACCCCAGGUCUCAUUUAUUACUCCCUCCCUGCUCAGGCCUUUUCUGGGCAGUGACAUAAAGGCAAUAUGGUGGAUGAGACUGUCCCAGCCUGUACAUAGAAACAAAGUCCACUGUUGCCUGCCUUGUACAAUGGGAAACCAGCUCAUAGACAUGCACUGGCAUACAGUAUAUCAAAUAGAAUUGUUGUACCAUAGACAAUGAAAGUUGUGUAUUGUUUUAUAACCAAAAACAGGUGUGGGUGUGACUCAAAACGAAAUUGUUUUCAGACAGAAAGAACUGCAUGUAUUCAUUCAUAAACUCAUUAUUGUGUUAAAAUUCAGGGGGCAUUGCAUACAGGAAAAAUAUCAGGUGUGUUUUUUGGUAAACCUUAAAAUUGGUUUUAAUGCACUAUGAAAAACCAUACAUUUGCAUCAAUCAAAUGCAGCACUUACAUGCUUAUUCAAGCCUUAUGUUUUAGUGUUCGAUGGUGUGGAUAGCCAUUCCAGAGAGCAUGCAUUAUUUUAAUCAAUUUGUAUAUGCAGGCUGCGCAGCCAAAAGCGUCGAACCGAAGCCCCGCUCUGAAUCGUGAUUGGACAGUUCAGUAGAAGAGGGCUCACAUUCAGUGUUUUUAAAAGCUAAGCCCAGUCUUUCUACUUAACGUGACUUUCAAACCAUAUAUUUGGAAAUAUUUUUGGAACGUAAACCCAGUAUUUAGAUUUAAAAACCAAAGUCUCAGUAUUAAAUGUAAGGAUGUUUUGUUUAAAAAAUUGAAAUCAGAGUUUGAUCAACUCUCUACUGCGUUGGCAUCAAUGUAAAACAUUCCUACGUGCACUCUAGAAUGUAGCCAUCUUGGAUUUUUUUGUGUCAAUAUGUUAACUCUCUUUAUAGUAUCUGCAGCUUUGGGUAGUGGUUGGUUUUCAAAUAAGUGUUUCAAAAUAUAACCAAUGGAUCAGUGUUUUGUUUUUUGGCAACUAUUAAAGUUAUGUUUCAGGAGUUUUCUGUUGGCGGGGUGGGAUUAUCAGUAACAGCAGUUCAACUUGUGCCUUAUGUUUCUUUCUCUCAACAGUUACAUUUGACCUGAGAAAUAUCAAAGAGUGCCCCAGAAAUUGACCCAAAAGAUUCAUGAUUGUGCAUAUGACGCAUGUCUUAGUCAUCAGAACCUUUACACUGCCCGUGUCCCUUCACAAUUUCCACAGUCAGCAUCCUCUGUCACUGGCUGCUGAGUCAGUCUCUCAGCUUCCUGCUGGUUUUCUGACCGAUAUCAUCAUAACAGCACUAGAAGGGCUGAACUGAAGAAGAUGACAUGAUAUUACUGUAUCACAUUCACAUCAUGCCCUGGCCUCAGUACUGCUUUACAGCAGUGAGGGCCCACUGUGUCUGAUGUGUUUCUAUCCAACAGUAUUGAUUGUACUCAAUGUCCUAGAUAUAUCAUUAAAGAUCACUUACUCUGCCUAGCCUAUAACCAGUUAUUUACAACAUGCAACUGGCUAUAUACAGAGGAGGUUGUCAUGGAAACCACAUUCUCCUACAGUGUUGUUUGCUAUGCAUCAGGCCACGCCUGGCAAUGACCUUAAAAGGAAUUUCUGUUCUGGGUCCACCCUUUGACAAAGAGAAAUAAGUGGUCUUAUUUACUGAAUAAAAUGAAUUCAUGUAACAAGAGUUGUGAAUAAUACCAGUAAUAAUUUGUAAUAAGUUGUGCAGAAAGUGACUAUCAUUUCAUGAAAACUAUAGUUACUGCAACUCUAUGCAGUACAGCCUUAACCAGAUGUAAAACUACAGUACUGAAGUGUUUGUUGUAAAUAGUGUUAGUAUGUCCAUCCUGCAUGGAUUCUGGGCUCGGCUAUGCUGGGACUGUCUCCUAAAACCAUAGUAGACCUCUCUCUGCUCAAGACUGCUCAAGAUCCAAAUACACUAAUUGAGUUUCCUGUCUAACAAAUUCUGCUGUAUAUUUACAGUCAUUGCUCCAGUACGUUAAAUUACACAGAAUGCUAAAAUGAUCUGCCUUUACAGGUUCUCGGAGGAUACAAGCCCCACUGUAGUGUGCUCAACCAAAAGCCAGGAAUCCCUGCUGACUUGCAGCUAUUUUGCCUGCAGACAAUUGAGGCAGUGUAGUAGAGUAAGCAAGAGGGGUAUGUGCGCGUGUGGGGGGGAAUUCUCAGAGGAAAUAGCCAAAAAUACACAUUCGCUUCCUUAACCCUGCUUUGCUAGAUGACUUUUUGUGGGUCUGCAGUCUGUUGUGGUGAAGAUGAGGUCUAGAUGUGGUCUGUGAGGUGUAGAGACUACACACUUGACAGCUUACUCCGCCAUACUGUGGUCAGUCAGUGGUCUCUGACGUAAGAGUUAAAGACCCCAGGUGCUGUCAGUCCUGUCUGUCUCUCCUAUCAGCCACUGCUCUAAUGCCUUCUAACACUGACAAAUAUUGUCCUAAUCCAGAGCUUUCACUCUACACAGGGACUGCAGAGGAGAUGUGGCUGUGAAUAGGGUUCAAGAUCAGUAUUGUUGCAUUUAGCAGCCAAUCUGGACCAGUGGCAACAGGAGGCCCCUAAACACUGAUGUAAGGAUCUUUCAACUUGUCUUUGGUCCUAGCAUCAAUGGCAGCGCAGCAGUGUCCGAUCUCAAAUCAGUGGUUGGGGUGGUAGUUCACUACAGUAACAAGGAUGGGAUAUAAUGGCACCUAAAUUUUGAUCACUCCCCAUUCCCUAUGUAGCAUGCUGAGAUGAGUGUCCUACAAACAGAGUGAGGGGUCAAGUGAGACAGAGCCUCAUAAAUGUACAGUUCUAAGCUAUAACGUUGUUCAAAGCUGAAAGUGCAGCAUCAAGAAAACCAAUAAAUGUACUUCUUUCGAGCACAAAGUGAGCUCUUCUAACAGUGUGGGCAUAUUUUAGUUUGUAUACAUAGUGUAUUUGAACCUUUUUCUAGAGUGGGUUUCCUUUAUUUGCAUGCUCAACUUGAUUGUAUGCAUAAAUAUUUUAGACAAGAUGAAAGUUGAAUUUCAAUUGAACUUGGAGCAAGACUUGUACAUUGUUUGAUAUGUUUCUUUUUGUAAUGAAUUUUUUAAUUCAUGAAGCAUUUUUGUACAUUGUAUGAAUAUUAAAAACUGCAAAUAUUUGACCUAUAGAGUAAAUACUAGAUGCGCAUGCAUAUGCAUAUAUCCUUCACAGUAUGUAUGUGUAAAUGUACACAUAUAUUUUGUAUUUGCAUUUGCUGACAUACAGAUAUAUGUCUUAAGCACAUAUAUACAUGCAAUGUAUAUGUAUAUCCAUGUCCGCUGGCAUGCUUUUGGUCAUGUUUAUCUUCCAUGAUCUUGUAGGUUCAUUUUUUGUUUUUUAAUUUCUCUUUCUUCAGAAAGAAAAGCUCAUUCUUUUGCUACCCUUCUUUUGGCUGGCAGCAUUGAGCACUUAUUAAGAAGAACUACAGUUGAAGUUGUUCAUGUUAUCCAUUGUGUGAAAUAAUAAAUGA